GCUGUCCUCGGCAGCGGCGGGGGCGGCGGCUCCAAUGCCCCUGGGCGGCCAUGGGCGCCCCGCACUGGUGGGACCAGCUGCGGGCUGGCAGCUCGGAAGUGGACUGGUGCGAGGACAACUACACCAUCGUGCCGGCCAUCGCCGAGUUCUACAACACGAUCAGCAACGUCUUGUUUUUCAUUUUACCUCCUAUCUGUAUGUGCUUGUUUCGUCAAUAUGCAACGUGCUUCAACAGCGGCAUCUACUUGAUAUGGACUCUCUUAGUUGUAGUGGGAAUUGGAUCCGUCUACUUCCAUGCAACCCUUAGUUUCUUGGGUCAGAUGCUUGAUGAACUUGCAAUACUUUGGGUUCUGAUGUGUGCUCUGGCCAUGUGGUUCCCCAGAAGGUAUCUACCAAAGAUUUUUCGGAAUGACAGGGGCAGGUUCAAGGCAGUGGUCUGCGUCCUGUCUGCAGUUACAACAUGCCUGGCAUUUGUCAAGCCUGCCAUCAACAACAUAUCUCUGAUGACCCUGGGGGUUCCCUGCACUGCACUACUCAUUGCAGAACUGAAGAGGUGUGACAACGUCCGGGUGUUUAAGCUGGGCCUCUUCUCAGGCCUCUGGUGGAUGCUUGCUUUGUGCUGCUGGAUCAGUGACCGAGCCUUCUGUGAACUGUUAUCGUCCUUCCACUUUCCCUACCUGCACUGCGUGUGGCACAUCCUCAUCUGCCUCGCCGCCUACCUGGGCUGUGUGUGCUUUGCCUACUUCGAUGCUGCCUCAGAGAUCCCUGAGCAAGGCCCGGUGAUCAAGUUCUGGCCCAGUGAGAAAUGGGCCUUCAUCGGUGUUCCCUAUGUGUCCCUCCUGUGCGCCCACAAGAAGUCGCCAGUCAAGAUCACGUGAUGGCAAGGCAGAGUGGCUGGCCUCUCUGCUUCCUUUCCUUCAUGCACUGGGCUUCAUUUGCUAGCAAAGACAGCCAAGGGUGUUGGGUGUGUCUUUCUAAAAGUUCUGUUCCUUUGGGCUCUAACUAGUGUCUGCGGACUGCCAGGAUUCCACUUAGCCUGGAGAAGUGUGUGAAAGUAGAUGGUUGGGGAUAUGAGAUGUACCUUUCCCAGCAUCACUUGCAGGUGCAUCAGCUUGCUGGGCUGGGGCAGAAUAGUCUCUUAGGGCUCCUGAGCAUCCUAUUGGCCUCUUCCUGGAGAAGGUUGGCCCACCCCAGACACCAUUCCCACGCUCUUUUGAAGUGGAUGCUACCCUGAUAGAUAAGGAUCCCCCCCCCCCCGCCCAGCCUGUCACGGCUGGAAGGUGCCAGAGACUUCCACUUGGGGAAAUACUCUUUAAACCAAACCAAACCCCCACAGGACUGUGGCUCAGGAGCCUGUUUUCACUUGCCCUUGCCAUUAGUCAGGUUUUCUGUACAUUUGUGAAUCCUUUUUACUACUACCUACCUCUGCUGAGAGAUGGAGAGAGAAAGGCUAAUGAGCAAAACCUUCUACACCAAAAUCACACUCCACUUUAAGCCGUUCUUGAAGAUGGGCACAACUUCUCAAUGCUGACAUCCUUUCUACCCUACUCUCCAGCCAGCUCAGUAGCCUCAAAUCCACAGACUAGCUAUGGUGCGAAGAUGCUGUAUGCCACCCCCUCCUCCCUCCUCACCUUGUGACCCCCUAGGUAAGAUUACAAUAGAGCUCUUUUCAGUCACAGUAGGGGGCGCUGGUUUAAGCUUCGGAGCAUAUAGGCAGUUUUAUUUUAUUUUGAACUUUUCCUCUCUUGAGGCUGCCAGUAUGCCACACCAUUCUGCAAAUUACCUCCAAGAACCUUACUUCUUACUUUUCCACCUUUCUUGUGGGAAUUCUCUCCACAUUCCCACAAUGCCAGGUGCUUCCUGUCGUUUUCUAGAGCAGCUGACUUGCUUGCUUUUCUCAGAUGCUGGUGGUCACAAUACACUGGCUGGCUGGUUGUGCUCAUGGAUACAGCAGGGCCAGUCUGUGACCUUCUGGGGUUUUCUCAUCUAGCCUGAUGCUGGCUACAGGGAGUCUCUUCACUCAGCUGCAUGGUAGGCUCUGGCAUAGUCAUCGGGUCUAGGGUGGGACCUCGGGCCCUCAGGGAUACUCACUAUAACUCAGGCAUCUCCUGCUGUGUAGCACUGUAGUGUGAGGAGAGGGCGCAGACAUGGCCAUCCCUUGUGGGUAGGUGUUGCAAGAACUGUUUCUCUGAUUAGAAUUGGUACAGGAUCCAAAGUUUAGCAGCAAACCUUAUUUAUAGAAGAGUGAUGUAUGAACUAAGUGGUAUUUUAUUAGGUAUAUAAUGGAAGAUAAAAUGUAUAGGAUUUACUUAACAUGUUAGGAAGUGACAGUGUACAUGAAUGUAUUGAUGUUUUGCAAGGUAGAGAACACUGACAGCAAAGGGGAGUAUACAUGUUGCUUUGUAAUAGCUUAGGAUAUAUUUAAAAAUGGUUUUGAGUUGAAUAUUUGGAGGAAAUUGUACUUCCAUGACAUCUAGUGGUUCAUGGAUAGAACUGCUGUAACUCCUUUGGCUUUCUUGUCUAAGCAGUUUUAAAGGGAAAUAUCAGACAUCCUCAUUUGUGGUUGACCUUACCAGGAAUAGAUUCUAGUCUCAUUUCUUUGGCAAUGUAAAAAUGUUUUAAAGUAGUGGUAUUGGCAUAUUUGGAGGCUAGAUGUCUUAAUAGGAAUAAGGAGAAGUAAGGAAUAGAAUGUGGGAAAUGGUGUGUGUGUGUGUGUGUGUGUGUGUGUGUGUGUGUGUGUGUGUGUUUAUCCCGUUUCCCUUAUGUCAGGGAACAGUCAAGGAAGGACCAUUGCUCUUUAUCAGGAAAAGGGCUUAUUCCCUGGCAGAGCUGCUAAAAAAAAAUCCUGGAUCCAUCACUGAAAUUAGGGGUAAAAUGUAACUGAUGGGCAUAUUUGAAUGACCUGGAAGAAAGGAAAAAGGUGCCCUGCCUUGUGGGUAAUUUCCAGCUCUCUUUUGUAAGACAAAUGACUGAGGAAUCAUAAGGAAUGAUUUUAUAUGAACAUCUGUAUGCCAUUCUAGAGAUUGUUUCCAAAGUGAUAAGAGCUGAGAAAACAAGAAAUGGAUCAUAUUUGAGAAGGACUAGUUUUGAAUGGAAGUCACUACAGCUUGCUCACACAUAGUGGUAACUCAAGAGACCAGGCAUACAACUUACCUUAUUUUAAAUUGGGUGAGAAUAGGAUCCAUAUUUAUAUCAAAGCACUAUAUGCUCUUUAGAGAAAACUCAGAAUUUACAAAAAAAUGUAGAAGAAGAAAAAGCAACACAUGUUUCUAUUGC